AUGGCCUGGGAUGCAAGACAGUCCCGCAGACGGCAAAGCAGCGCGGCCUCUCGGACUCAUAGUUUAGCUCUUCACGCAAGACAACAGCUGCCCAAACAACCAAUUGAACCCAAAUCUCAGCACGUGGCGGACCCCUUUCUGCGGGACUUCCUCAGCCCAGUUUUCGACCCCGUGGCAUACCUCAAUGCCACGCUGCCCUCCUUACAAAUUACAACACCUAUCAGCACAUCCUCUGCCUCCACCUCCACCCGAACAUCUACUGCAACCACAACCACCUUAUCAGGCUCACAAGCCGCCGUACCCCUCGCCGAGCUUUCAGUACAGGCUCAGUCUGUUUUAACCCAGCUCAACGCCCACACUACGCGCCUAACCAACACCCUGACCGAGCUCACCAAUGACAUCCUCCGCAGCGGUGCCCGCCUGGCCUACGAGGUUGAGCUUCUCCGCGGCGAGACCAUCGGCCUAGCGGAGGCGUUGACAGAGCGUUUGGACGAUGACAUCGGAAAGUUCGUGCCGGGCGGCGUGCGCGAGACCAUCGAGUCCAAGACCUUCACAUCCUCUGAUGGUGCCAACCAUGGUCUGAGUGCGCACCAACGGCGGCUCUCGAUCGCUGUACAUGGGACGGUUCCUCCUGCUGCUGAGGAGUCUACAGCCGCGGCGACGACAGCCCCGGCUGAACCUCCGGCACCCCCUGAGCCGGAAUGUAUCACUCAGCUACGGACGCUCACUCUGGUGCGCUCACGCCUGGAGUCUGUCAUCAAGACUUUUGGAGAAGCCAUGGAAUUCGUCUUCCCGCCUUCCGAGGUCUCUGUAAGCUCGGGCUUCCUGUCCGUCUCGGCGCCUGACGCAGGCGGCGAGGGCAACAGUACAGAGGAGAAAGGCCAGCAAGUCCUGCGAUCACUGCGUGACGAGAUCUCUAGGCUACUCGGUAGCAGUGGCGACGGCAAAUCUCCAGAAGAGGUCAUCAAAGGGAUUGAGGACGCCGCACACCGGGUUGAGGAGCUCAAGAAGUUGGUUACGGUGUGGAAGGGGACAGCAGAAGAGAAAGGGAGGACAAAGUUUGUGGAUAGCCUGGCCAAGAUGGUCGAAGAUCGGCAUAAGGAGCUGUUGAAGGAGAUGGAGCAGGCUAAUAAGAACAAGGCCGCCGCUGAGGCGGCCGAUGCUGCUGCAAAGAAGAAUGCUGAGGGUGAGAGUCAAUCACAAACCGAGAAUAAGGGUUUUGGUGCAUAUGGGGGGUUAAUCAGCCAGCUGCAGAGGCUGAGAACAGGAUUGUGA